AUGGAAUUCAAGAUCGUCAGUGUGCCCCAUUAUCUACUCCUUGUUCUAUUACUUAAGAUAGCCCUUGCAAAUGUUCCAGUAGUCAGUAACCAUAACCGACAGAUCAGCCUCCACGUUGGAGAUCGCCUUCGUUUAGAAUGCCCAAUUCGAGGCUCAAAUGAUCCAGACGGUGAUAAUUCCCAUGCCUCCUAUCUGGAUGACGGUCUGAUGAGUGAUAUCAUAUAUCAGUGGAACAUUCAAGGCCUACCAGAAUACGCCGUCUCUAUGGACGCACGUUUCCGCUUCCUCGAAGGAGGUCGCAUCGUGGAACUAACCCAACCAGUGACUAAAUCCGAUGCUGGAAUCUAUCAGUGCUCAGGAGUUACUGGAUUUGGCCAGAAAAAGGUUAUAUUCGAAGUCAAUAUUGCUGAUACCAGCGAUGAUCUGCUCUGCGUUAAGGCAUAUCCAGGAGCAACAGAUCGAAAUCAAGUUCUAUGCUUAAUGAAUCCCAAACUCCGGCCGGAUACAGUAAUGACAAUAGAUGCAGAACUCGGUUCAUCGGUUGGGAUGAGCUGUGAGGCCAUUGGCAGAGAACCAAUCAAAUACCUAUGGUUCAUGGGAAAUGCCGUGGCUGACUGGAUAUCGAGCAGCCAAGGCGUUCGUGGUCCUAAUCUUCAUAUUGAGCGAGUUGGUCGUGAACAUAUUGGCCAAUAUGUCUGUCAAGUUAAAAAUCCAAUUGGAAGCCUCAACUAUACAUAUCGCCUUACAGUGAAAGAACCUCCAUCAGCUAUCCCGAAGAUUAUAGUUAAAGUCGAGAACCAGACGCUGAUUGCAGGGUCCAGUGGAGCUUUAUCUUGUCGUGUGAAAUGCUCAUGUUCGGAGCCAAUAAUUCAGGUGAGUAGUUGUAUAAGCGUUCUUUCCUAUAGAAGCAAAAAAUGGGGAAGUGGGGUGUGUGUGGGGGGGGAGUGGUGGGGUUAG